UUCCUGAGAUUUCGAAGCUUAAAACAAAGUGAGCGGCUUCAGACAUCAGUCAAGCGAAGAAUUACUAAAAAUGUUCAGGUUAAUGUGGGUAUCAUGAGUGUCCAUGAUAAAAUACUUAAAAAGGAAAGAGGAAAAACAUUGCCAUUAGUGAUUUCAUCAGAAAGUUCUGCACAACAGCUACUUCAGGCAGCAGAAGCAAAGCUUAAGACAUUUCAUCAUCUUCCUAAUAUUUCAUAUGUUAUUCUCCAUUCUGAUGGAUUAGAAGUGGAUAAGGUUCCUGGAUCUGAAGAGAGUUUUACUAUUCAAUCAUUCAAAGAUGCAAUUGGAAAGCCCUUCAACAGGUUAACAUUUUUCAUCUGUGCAGAGAAAGACUACAAAACACUCCGUCAAGGGGAUGAGACUGACAACGAAGUUAUUAUUCAUCCAAGAUGGAGCAUGAAUAGAGACAACUUAGAAGACACCUUGCCAUUAUGUCAUAGUUCACCAAGAGAGGAAUCUAAGCCUGACCAACAAAAGAUUUCAGUCCCAAUUAGUGAAAAGCAAUUAGACAAAUGCACCACAGAAACAUCCACAAGUUCAUCAUCCCUGACCGGGUCACAGUGCUACAGCAACUACGUAGACUUUUAUUCACCCAUUGUCAUUGAGGACAAGGAAAGCUCCUCUGAAGAAGAGUCUGAAAACAUAGUAAGUAUUAAAGAUCCAUCAGUUGAUGUGAAAGCAAUUUUGUCUGAUCUGGCCAUGCAAAUACUACCUAAUAAAGUUUCCAGAUUCAAUAUAAACAGAGGAGAUCUUUGGGAAGGAGCCCUGCGUGGAUUUAAGAGACAGUCCUAUGAUCCAACUUACACAAUGCUGGUGAAAUUUACAGAUGAUUACGAUAUAAAUGAAGAUGGAAUUGAUGCAGGUGGCCCAAAAAGGGAAUUUCUACAGUUGUUGAUGUGUCACAUAAAAGGACACAGUUUACUUGAAGGGAAAGAGAAUGAGAAAUUUUUGCGAUGUGACAGUACAGGCAAGUACAAUUUAUUUACUGGGUAA